AUGAGCUGGUAUGGAGUUCCUUUCUGCGGCUACAGCUGCGAGUUUUCGCCGUUCCGCGGGAAUCUGCUAGCAAUCGGCACCGGACAGUAUUUUGGGAUUGUGGGCAAUGGCAAGCUCCACGUGUUGGACAUUGCCGCUCCAGGUGGACAACCAGUCUGUGAGUGGAUGACCAAUCAGGCCGUCUACGACGUGGCCUGGAGCGAGGCAAACGAGCACGUCCUGCUUACCGGACAGGCCGAUGGGACUUUGAAGCUCUUUGAUUGGACCAACCCUCAGGGUCCCAUCAUGUCCCUGGAGGAGCACUCAGCCGAGGUCUACGGUGUCGACUGGAACCUCAACGAGAAGCAUCUCAUUUCUUCGGCGGCCUGGGAUCAUUCUGUCAAAGUCUGGGACGCCAUGCGUGGAGUCUGCCUCAGCACCUUCCGCGCCCAUCAGAACUUGGCCUACGCUGCAAUCUGGUCGCCAGCCAGGCCGGCGUGCCUUGCCAGUGUCGGCGGGGAUGCCAUGCUGCACAUCCAGGAUCUCAACGCGGGAGAGAUGCCCGUUCAGAGCAUUCAGGCUCACCAGCAUGAGAUCCUGACAGUCGACUGGAACAAGUACAAUGAGUUCAUGGUUGUCACAGGUAGUGUUGACAAGACCAUCCGCACUUUUGACCUGCGCAACUUUGGCCAGCCCCUGCAGAUUCUGCACGGGCAUCAGCUUGCGGUCAAGCGAGUCAAGUGCCACCCAUACGUCGAGACACAGAUAGUCUCCUGCUCUUAUGACACAGCAGUGAAUGUCUUCGACAUGACCAUGGGUCAAAUGAUUCAGCACUUCGACCAACACACAGAGUUCACUUUGGGUGUUGACUUGAGCUUGUUUGAGGCAGGUGAGCCUGAAAGUUCUUUAGAACUGGCAUGA